AGCCGAUCUAAACACGUGCUUUCUAAUUGGGUAACACGUGCAACUGAUUAUACGAGUUCUGUCGCAAAUAUUUCUACCAUAAUAUGGAUUCGGACGCUGCUCAAAAUAAAAAAAUUGCGUGCUUGGAGGAGAAAGUGCGAGAAGCCACCGCCAUGCUGGAGGAGCAACAUGCUUCCUAUGAAAAAGAUCUAAAGCAGUUCUACGCGUUGAAGGCCAAGGAAAUCGCCUUGGAGCUAAAAUUCGAAAGCUGGAAGCAGUUGUACCGCAAACAGGAAGCCGAACUCGAUCAAAAAUUCGCUCGAAUGCGCGAAAUAAAGCUCAACAUUUGGGACGAUCGAGAGAAAUUCUGCGAUGAUUCAUCCACCUUCGUCCGGCAGUUCUCGCUGCCAAGCACUUUGAUUCAGCUGAGGCGUGCGGAGCGGCAAGCGGAAGACGGUUAUGAUGCCCGUCAAUGGUUGGUGAAGCAUUUCGAUUACGAAGCCCGUUUGGAACAGGAAGCCCACCUCCAGAAAAUGGCGCAGGUCGACGAGGAGAUUGCCGAGCUUCAGCAGCGGGAAGCGGAACUGGACGACGAGGAACGGGAACUGGCCCCCGGUCUGGAAACUGUUCGGCGGCUGCAGGAAGCGGUGACCAAUUCGGUUAGCUGCCUGGAGGAGAUUCAGGAAAACAUCAAAGUGAUUCAGAAUCGCAAGAGGAGCUUGAUGGUUGGGGCCUUCGAGGCGAGGGAAGUGAGGUCAAUUUUGAAAAGGCCUUCCUUUCUGGAUAGGAAAAUUGAACGCAAACAAGUGCGUUUCGAGUAGA